AUGGAGGAUCUGGCACUGGCAGGAGAGACGAGUUCAGACCUUGCCUCUUGUGCAGAUGAUGAGCAGCACCUCGAUGAAUCGGCAGUGCAACGUAACCAGAAUGGCGCUGCAAACACUGGGGAUGCACGCGAAAACCUGUUGCUUGACAGCAGCAAGUCGGGAGCGCUGAGGAGGCGCGAGUUCUUAGACAAUCUGCUAAAGAACAUCGAACAUGACCAUCUACGCUUUCUUCACAGACAAAAGGAGAGAAUUGACAGGGUUGGCGUCAAGCUGCAAUCAAUAAAGGAGAGAAUUAACCAUCACUGUCACACCCUUUUACUGGCUGGCCUUGUGAAGCUGCUAGGCGUAGAAACGGGAAGAGCAAAAAUCAACGCUCUAGAAGAUGUGAGUGGAAUCAUCAAACCCUGCAGAUUGACUCUUCUAUUGGGACCUCCAGGAUGUGGCAAAAGCACUCUAUUGCGAGCUCUUGCUGGGAAAAUAGAUAAAUCUCUAAAGGUAACAGGUAACAUUUCUUAUAACGGUUACCAACUUGAUGGAUUUGUACCUGAGAAAACAGCUGUGUAUAUCAACCAACAUGAUUUGCACAUACCUGAGAUGACUGUGAGGGAGACUUUAGACUUCUCAUCCCAGUGUCAAGGUGUUGGAAGAAGACCAAAAAUACUCAAGGAGGUGAGUGCAAGGGGUGUGGCUGGGAUAAUACCUGAUGCGGACAUAGAUCUAUACAUGAAGGCGAUAGCAGUUGAAGCUUCAAAGAGAAGCCUACAGACAGACUAUGUUUUGAAGAUCAUGGGGCUAGAGACAUGCGCAGACACGAUGGUUGGGGAUGCAAUGAGAAGAGGAAUAUCAGGGGGGCAGAAGAAAAGAUUAACCACAGCUGAGAUGAUUGUGGGACCUGCAAAAGCAUACUUUAUGGAUGAAAUAUCAAAUGGUCUGGAUAGCUCUACCACUUUUCAAAUAAUGAAUUGUUUCCAGCAGCUGACGAACAUCAGCGAAUACACGAUGGUUAUUUCACUGGUGCAACCAACUCCUGAGGUAUUUGAUCUUUUUGAUGACCUGAUAUUAAUGGCAGAAGGGAAGAUUAUCUACCAUGGCCCCCGAAAUGAAGCUCUUAAUUUUUUUGAGGAGUGUGGGUUCAUAUGCCCAGAAAGAAAAGAGAUAGCUGACUUUCUCCAAGAGAUCCUGUCCUGGAAGGAUCAACAACAGUACUGGUCUGGUCCAAAUGAAUCUUACAGAUAUAUCUCACCUCAUGAAUUAUCAAGGAUGUUCAAGGAAAAUCACAGAGGGAGAAAACUAGAACCAAGUGUUCCUCCGAAAAGCAAGUUGGGCAUGGAAGCUUUAGCAUUCAAUAAGUAUUCGCAACGAAAACUGGAAAUGUUCAAAACCUGUGGGGCAAGGGAAGCACUCCUAAUGAAAAGGAGUAUGUUUGUUUAUGUCUUCAAAACAGGCCAGCUUGCCGUUAUUGCACUCAUGAUAAUGUCUGUGUUCCUUCGAACUCGCAUGACAACAGAUUUCACCCACGCAAAUUACUAUAUGGGAGCAUUAUUUUUUUCCAUCUUAAUGAUAAUGCUAAAUGGCACACCCGAGAUAAGCAUGCAGCUUAGGAGACUCCCAAGUUUUUACAAGCAAAAGAGCUAUUAUUUCUAUUCUUCAUGGGCAUAUGCAAUACCAGCUUCAGUCCUAAAGGUCCCUGUUUCCAUGUUAGAUUCACUUGUACGGAUAUGUAUCACAUAUUACGGAAUUGGUUAUACAGCUACUGUUUCGAGGUUCUUCUGCCAAUUUCUGAUGCUUUGCCUUGUCCAUCAAUCAGUCACUUCGCUGUAUCGAUUUAUUGCUUCAUAUUUCCAAACAUCAACUGCGUCUUUCUUCUACCUUUUUCUUGCUCUGACGUUAUUCCUCGUGUUUGGAGGCUUCACUAUUCCGAAGCCCUCCAUGCCUGGGUGGUUAAACUGGGGGUUUUGGAUUUCCCCAAUGACAUAUGCACAGAUAGGCACAGUUAUUAAUGAAUUCCAGGCGCCAAGAUGGCAGAAGGAAACUAUUCAAAACAUUACAAUUGGGAACAGAAUCCUGAUUAAUCAUGGCCUAUAUUACAGUUGGCAUUUUUAUUGGAUAUCUGUUGGAGCAUUGUUCGGAUCUAUUAUUUUAUUUUAUAUUGCUUUUGGAUUGGCACUAGAUUACAUAACAUCUACAGAAGAAUAUCAUGGAAACAUGCAUAAAAAUAGGAUAAGUCAAGAGCAGGAAAAAGAUUCCAAUAGCCAAAAAGAUCAAUCUGAUGGUCAAUCAAAUAUUUCCAAAGGAGCAAAGAUGGCUAUCCCUGUUAUGGAGUUUUCAAUUACAUUCCACAAUCUGAACUACUACAUUGAUACCCCACCGGAAAUGCUGAAACAAGGGUAUCCCACAAGAAGACUUCAAUUACUUAACAACAUGCGUCCUGGUGUUCUUACUGCACUAAUGGGUGUUAGUGGAGCUGGGAAGACAACUCUACUGGAUGUAUUAGCAGGAAGAAAAAUAGGGGGUUAUAUUGAAGGGGACAUAAGAAUAGGUGGGUAUCCCAAGGUGCAAGAAACAUUUGUUAGAGUCUUGGGUUACUGCGAGCAACUCGACAUUCAUUCCCCACAGCUUACAGUUGAAGAGUCUGUAACUUAUUCUGCUUGGCUUCGUCUGCCUUCCCAUGUCGACGAAAAAACAAGAUCUGAAUUUGUUGCUGAAGUCCUCGAAAUUGUUGAACUGGAUCAAAUAAAGGAUGUCUUAGUGGGGACGCCACAGAUAAAUGGAUUAUCUAUGGAGCAGCGAAAGAGGCUAACAAUUGCAGUCGAGCUUGUUUCAAACCCAUCAGUCAUACUAAUGGAUGAACCAACGACAGGAUUAGAUACAAGGUCAGCAGCAAUUGUUAUUCGUGCAGUUAAAAAUAUUUGCAAAACAGGAAGGACGGUGGUGUGUACAAUCCAUCAGCCAAGCACUGAAAUUUUCGAGUCUUUUGAUGAGCUCAUACUAAUGAAAAGUGGUGGGAAAAUAAUCUAUAGUGGACCAAUAGGAGAGCGCUCCGGCGAAGUGAUUGAGUACUUUGAGGCAAAAAAUUCUGGAGUCUCGAAAACAAAGAAUAACUGCAAUCCAGCUACUUGGAUGAUGGACAUAACAUCGACAUCAAUGGAGGCGCAGCGCAAUAUAGACUUUGCGAUUUUGUAUGCAGAAUCAUCACUGCACAGAGACACCGAAGAGCUAGUGGAGAAGCUUAGUGUCCCAGCACCAAAUUCCGAAAGUCUAUGUUUCUCCCAUCGUUUCGCACAGAAUGGCUGGAUUCAACUUAAAGCUUGCUUGUGGAAACAAAACAUAACUUACUGGAGAAGUCCUGAGUAUAACUUGAGGCGUAUAAUGAUGGCAGUAAUAUCUGCCCUUAUCUACGGAGCAUUGUUCUGGAAGCAUGAAAAAAUACUAAACGACGAGCAAGACCUGUUCAAUGUUUUCGGUGCAAUGUACCUGGGUUCCACAACUGUAGGCGCUUAUAAUCAUCAGUCGAUCAUACCAUUCAGUACAACAGAGCGCAUUGUAAUGUAUCGUGAGAAGUUUGCAGGAAUGUACUCAUCUUGGUCAUAUUCAUUCGCACAGGCCGCCAUUGAAGUUCCCUAUGUGUUUAUCCAAGUGGUACUAUAUACGUUAAUUGUCUAUCCGUCAACUGGUUAUUAUUGGACCGCUCACAAAUUCCUAUGUUUCUUCUGCACCACAUUUUGUUCAAGUCUCUCCUAUGUUUAUGUUGGGUUGCUUCUUGUUUCACUAACCCCCAACGUUCAAGUUGCCACGAUAUUGGCAUCGUUUUUCAACACCAUGCAAACACUAUUUUCAGGAUUUAUUUUACCAGCGCCUAGAAUCCCAAAGUGGUGGGUUUGGCUCUACUAUCUCACUCCUACAUCUUGGACACUCAAUGCCCUACUGACAUCACAGUAUGGAAACAUAGAGAAAGAGAUCAAAGCAUUUGGAGAAACCAAAUCAGUUUCGAUCUUCUUGAAUGACUACUUUGGGUUUCAUCAAGACAAGUUGAGCCUAGUAGCAGUUGUUCUCAUCGCCUUUCCUUUUGUCCUGAUAACCCUGUUUUCUUUGUCAAUUGAGAAAUUUAAUUUUCAGAAGAGGUAA